AUGGCGACCGUGAAGCCUUACACACCGGCGGUACCUCUACAGCAUCUACAUGCCCAGAGCCCUUCAACCUCACAAUUAGCUCCGACAACACAAUCUCUACCAGCUCCAUUGCAUUCAACAUCAGCUCAAACAGAGCCAAUCCAACCCGCUGCACCACCACCAAUAACAACCCCGCCAACAUACCACCCGCCAACCAUGCAACCGACCACCCUGCCCUCGCCAUCCCAGAGAUGCAUCGAAUGGCUCAACAGCCCUACGCCCUGGCUCUGCACAAUACUGAGCUUUGUGUUCGGCACUCUCACGUACAAGCUCGCUGCCAAAGCCCUGGUCAUCCAAGUCUGGAGUGCUUGGAAUGACUACUACAGCACUUGUCAAUCUGCAGCCGACCAUGGACAAUCCAGUGCUGUGUGUGACGAUAUGCUGGCUAAGGUACCUGCGCCUCCAUCAGUUGCACCUGCGGGAGCACCCGAUAUCAGUUUUGAUCCUGGAAUGGAUGGCUACACUCUUGUAAUCGUGUUCGGUCUGACAUGUGCUCAAUUACUGUACGAUCGGAUAAGACGGAAAGGGAGUGAUCGCGAGAGAGGUUCUGCUCAUCCGGACUCGCCCCGGAAGGAUCGUAGUACCUAA